AAGGAGUGGUCACGUGCGGCUGGUGGCCUACGGUCACGUGACGGGCGGCGGGGCGCAGGCACCCAGGCUGUGAGUUCUCCUAAGGGAAAGCCGAGUGGAGUGGGGGGACCCGGCGGCGGUGACAAUGAGUUUUCUUGGAGGCUUUUUUGGUCCCAUCUGUGAGAUCGAUGUUGCCCUUAGUGAUGGGGAGACCAGGAAAAUGGCAGAAAUGAAAACUGAAGAUGGCAAAGUAGAAAAACACUAUCUCUUCUAUGAUGGGGAAUCUGUCUCAGGAAAGGUAAACCUAGCCUUUAAGCAGCCUGGAAAGAGGCUAGAGCAUCAAGGAAUUAGAAUUGAAUUUGUAGGUCAAAUUGAGCUUUUCAAUGACAAGAGUAAUACUCAUGAAUUUGUAAACCUAGUGAAGGAACUAGCCUUGCCUGGAGAGCUGACUCAGAGCAGAAGCUAUGACUUUGAAUUCAUGCAAGUUGAAAAGCCAUAUGAGUCAUACAUCGGUGCCAAUGUCCGCCUGAGGUAUUUCCUUAAGGUGACCAUUGUGAGAAGACUGACAGACUUAGUGAAAGAGUACGACCUUAUUGUUCACCAGCUCGCCACCUACCCAGAGGUCAACAACUCCAUUAAAAUGGAGGUGGGCAUUGAAGACUGUCUGCACAUAGAGUUUGAGUACAAUAAGUCCAAGUAUCAUUUAAAGGAUGUAAUUGUUGGAAAAAUUUACUUCUUAUUAGUAAGAAUAAAAAUACAACACAUGGAGUUACAGCUGAUCAAGAAAGAGAUCACAGGAAUUGGACCCAGCACCACAACAGAGACAGAAACAAUCGCUAAGUAUGAAAUAAUGGAUGGGGCGCCAGUAAAAGGAGAAUCUAUUCCGAUAAGAUUGUUCUUAGCAGGAUAUGACCCAACCCCCACAAUGAGAGAUGUGAACAAGAAGUUUUCAGUAAGGUACUUUUUGAACCUCGUGCUUGUUGAUGAGGAGGACAGAAGGUACUUCAAGCAGCAGGAGAUUAUCCUGUGGAGGAAAGCACCUGAGAAACUGAGAAAACAGAGGACGAACUUUCACCAGCGAUUUGAAUCUCCAGAAUCGCAGGCGUCUGCAGAGCAGCCUGAGAUGUAAGCAAGCGGGACAGAGCAACGAGUGCAAGAGCCGGGCCGAGGGGGGCCAGCGGUUCAAGAUGGCCGCGGCGUGGGGCCGUCCCAGCCCCAGCUCCGUGUCUGCUAGUCUUCUUCUCCCAGAGUGCUGCGUUUAUUACAGUGUGAUUAAAGGGUCUCUGUGUACAUACAUCCUAAAACGUGCUUCUUGGGGACACUGGGGUUCCUAAGCUGCCUUGUGUUUUCUUCUUUACUGCACACUGACAAGCACCCAGAGGCAUAAACACUGAGGACUUUGUGAGUAGACUGGUAUUUGUAAGUUUGCUUUCUUUAUGCAUAAUAUUGAAAAUCCUUUUCUGUUUUCAUGCUAAUGAUUACCUCUUAUUCUCUAUGUGCAAAAAAUUAAAUAUUUUUGUUCAAGUAAAAUGAGCAAACCUGAGCAGCCCCAUGCCUGCCGAGUGUCGCAAGGCUCUCAGUAUUUUGAGAACUGUUUACUUUACAUGUGUGUCCAAAGCCAGCCCGGUUACAUGGUGGGCGCUCCUGAACCUGCCAUGCCACAGCCUCCCGAACUUUAACCUUCGGGGUCUCUGAGGUAUACGAAAAAUGUUCUCCCCAGGGAUUACACCGGUCACCGUGGCCCUCUAGCCCAUUAUUAACCCUUUUGCUCUUACUUUCUUUAUCAUGAUGUAGGUUCUGCAGUGUGGGGUCGACACAUUGGCAUUUUAGAACUUGUUAAACCUGUAUCAUUUUUCCAUAAAGACUUUGAAACAUGUACAUAUAUUUUAAUUUAAGGACUCUUUUCCAUGUAUAUGCAAAUAGUCACCUAGGAAUGAGUGAGCUUGGGAGAACCAGCCAAUGCAUAUACAAGUGUCCGUAGCCAGACAUUUUCUUGUUAACUGGAAUAUUGGCUAGUUCAGACCUAACUUCACCUAGUCUAUUUAAAAAAACAAAACAAAAACACUAAAUUCACAUCGUUUGUUGAGUUGCUCUGAAGAAGCCUGCAGUCAGCUGAGGGCAGACACACUGCUGAGGUGCAUGGGGCAGGGGACGCCUGCGCUGUGGUGGUGCCCUCUCACCCGGGGCUGUUGGCCUCUGUACACUGCAGUGUUCUUGAUCCGCCUCAGUGCAGGGGUGUGAGUUAGCCUUACGUUCUGAGGAAGCUGGGCAGCCCGACUCUGUUUCCUUAAACCUUCUUUUUACUAUGGUGGCACUUUGAUAAAGUGGCCAGCAACCAGCCCUGGCCAGAGAUUCCAUGUUCCCUGUCCUGGAGCAGCUAUUGCAAAUGUGGACUUCUAAGAAUGGCCAUGUUUUCCUUCUUGCAAGUGCCUGUUCAGAGUUUCAAAGUUUCAAAAUGCCAAAUAUUUUCAUGGUCACUUGCAUGUAUAAUCUAGGAAAUAUUCAAAGAGAUUUUGAAAAACAAUUGUAUUUAACCAGCCUCAAGUUGUGCAACUAUGAUAUAUAUAUAAUAAAUAAUUUGAAACAGAAA